AUGGAUUCUUCCACUGUAAAAACUGUUACACCAUCUGGUUCUCCCUUCUGGUUACAUUGGCGCUGGCCUAAAAUUUCAUUGAUUUCUUUGAGGAUUUUGUUUUCCACUUCAGGAUGCUUCUGUACCAACCAAAAAAACCAUGUUCGAUCCUUCACUGUACUUUCAGCAAAACAAUGCACUGUUUUAGUUGCUUCCUUGAGCCUCUUCUCGAACCCAAUUCCAAACAACUUCAUUGGCUUCCAAACAAAAGGUGGCACCAUGAAUCUGAACACAGUGAGCUCAGUAGCUUCUUCAAAGGCCUUCACAAAGGGAAGUUGGGGCAAAUCAAGGUCCAAACACCCUGAAUCAACUCCAAGAGCUACAGAGCAAAUGUUGUCGAAAGUAAACCGAAGAAGCACUUCUUGA